AUGGUCCAGAAGGUCGCGCAAGCAGCCAACAUCGGCUUCCCCGGCCGCUGGCGCAGCCUGCGCUUUCCCCCUGCCCAGCCGCCGCGUUCGCAUCAGCAAAACGGAGGCGGAGGAGGAGGAGCAGCAGCAGCAGGCGCGGGGGCGGGCAAGAAGGUGCCCAAGACCAGCGCGGGCGGCGUGCAGGUGGCCACGAUCCCGCAGCACGUCUUCCACCCGUGGCACAUGCGGUACUUUGACCGCCACGGGCACGCGCUCGCCGAGAGCAUGCUCAGGCGGUACCUGGCGCGGACGGACCCGCUGUGGUGGUUCGUCACCGUGCACGGCGACAGCACGAUCCCGGACAGCGCGUUCGUCAAGAGGGCGAUGAGGAAGAGGGCGGAGCAUGCCUUUCGCGUGGCGCUGGAGAGGAGGGGCUGGGACGCCGAGGGCAGGAGGAUCGCUGGGAGGGGGGGGCACGAUGGGCUCCGAGAGCUGUACGGCUCGGUCAGGAUCAACGGGGUGCUCAAGAUGCUGCUGCACCUCAGGUUUGAGGAGGUUGUCGCCUCUUUCGAGCAGGCCGUGAAGUCGCUCGAGGAACUCCUGGGGAAAGGAGCGCCUGGGGCGAGCGGGGAGCGGCCAUCAUCGCCGUCUGGGCUGGGCGAAGUAGAGACGGGACGCCCGAUGGCCAGUAAGAGCCGGAAGAAGCCACGGAAAUUUGACAAAGCCAACAACCCCAGCUUGAUUCCCGAAACCGAAACAUCCACAACCGAUCUGUCUCCUCGCGCUCUGCCCAGCAAGAUGCUCGUGUCCCUGACCGUCGGCAAGGUCGACGCUGGCGUCACGGUGCUGUUAACGCCGGACAAGCGUCUGAUCGAAUUCCCGUCCAUUCUCCUCCCGCCCGACAUCUCGUCUGGCUCGAUUGUCGAUAUCACAGUCGGCCGCAAUACUGCUUCAGAGGACGAGACCGAGAAGCGGUUCCGCGCCCUGCAGGACCAGAUUUACGCCGCCUUUGGUGCCGCGGCGCCCUCCCCACCGGUCCUGCGAUGUCGCAACGCGACACAGACGAGUGUCGUGCUCGAGUGGGAUCCUGUUGAGCUCGCUACCGCCGAUCUUAUCUCCCUCGCUCUGUAUCGCAACGGCCAGAAGGCCGGCAACAUCCCCCGCCCGCUCAGCAUGCACUCCACCAAAAUCUCUGGUCUGGCCGUCGACACCGAAUACACCUUCCACCUGGUCCUCCGUACCACGGCCGGCACUUACUCGAGCGAGCGCGUUGUCGUGCGCACCCACAAGAUGACCGACCUCAGCGGCAUCACCAUCACCACCGGCAUUCUCCCUGCGGCUACUCGCGAAAACCUGACUAGCGCAGUUGAGCGCAUCGGCGCCAAGAUUGUGGAUGGCGUGCGCAUCGAUACAACGCACUUUGUUACCACGGAAGGCAGGGGUGUGGCAUGGGAGAAGGCGGUCGAGAACAACAUCCCUGUUGUCAGGCCUGAGUGGGUCGAGGCCUGCGAGAAGAAUGGUCGCAUUCUGGGAGUCACAAAGUUCUACCUCGACGCACAGUGGACCGGCCCGCCUGCCGAGGAGAGGCCAUCCACCACGACGCAGUCGCCGGCCGUUACGCAACAAAAGGAGCUACCUCCCACGCCCUCACCGAAUGGCCAGCCUGCCACGGAGAGCAACAAGGACGACGCUCCAGCGAAGCAGUCAGAGGGAGCCGCCGAAGCCGGUGCCGGAGGCGCCAGGGACGACGAGUCGGACGAGGACGAAGACGAAGACGCGGAGGAAGGCGAGGACCAGCCAAAGUCGGCCGUUCAUGAGGAGCAAAAAGUCAAUAUCGACGACAGGGAGAAGCAAAAGUUUGCUCUGCGGCCAGGUCCCCACCAAGCCAAGGUCGAGGAUGAUGAUGACGAGGAAGACAAGGCUGCCUCCCCCGGCGAGAAGGCAACUACUCCAGGCGACAAUGCAUCUUUCCAAGAUGUCGCAUUGUAA